UCACAUUGUUGCUCUUUUCGGUUCAAAUCUCUCUCUCUCUCUCUCUCUAGGGGACGAGCUUUCCGCUGCUACAAUGAAUCGCCACCGCGAUCCCAACCCUUUCGACGAGGAAGAAGAGGUCAAUCCGUUCUCUAAUGGUACUGCUCCAGCAUCAAAGUCCCGCCUUCCUCCACUUGCAUCCGAACCCCUUGGCUUUGGUCAGAAAUAUGACGCGACAGUGGAUAUACCUCUGGAUACAAUGAGUGAUUCCAAGGAAAAAGUGAAAGAAUUAGCUUCCUGGGAAGCAGAUCUGAAAAGAAGAGAGAGGGAAAUAAAGCGGAGAGAAGAUGCUAUUGCUAAAGCUGGUGUCCCAUUGGAUGAUAAGAACUGGCCCCCCCUUUUUCCAAUUAUUCAUCACGAUAUAGCAAAUGAGAUACCAGUCCAUGCGCAACGGCUUCAAUAUCUGGCUUUUGCAAGUUGGUUAGGUAUAGUUCUUUGCCUUGCUUUCAAUGUCAUUGCAGUGAUGGUGUGUUGGAUUAGGGGCGGGGGUGUCAAAAUAUUUUUCCUGGCAAUAAUCUAUGCAUUGAUGGGUUGCCCACUGUCCUAUGUAUUGUGGUACAGGCCCCUAUACCGUGCAAUGAGGACUGACAGUGCAUUGAACUUUAGUUGGUUCUUCCUUUUCUAUUUGCUGCAUGUUGGCUUUUGCAUAUUUGCUGCUAUUGCUCCACCAAUUGUCUUUCAUGGGAAAUCACUCACGGGUAUUCUCGCUGCGGUUGACCUGUUUUCUGGCCAUGUGUUGGUUGGGAUUUUCUACUUGGUUGGGUUCGCUUUAUUUUGCUUGGAAUCACUGCUGAGCUUUUGGGUUCUUCAGAAAACCUACAUGUAUUUCAGGGGACACAAGUGAUAUCCUGCUUUUUCAUCACUGGCUUGGGUUGGCUGUCUUGCCAUGGGUGUUCGAGCUGCUUUGUUAUGAUGAGAUUUUCUUCUGUAAUUAUCAUAUCUAUUUCACACAGUCAUGAGUACGUUGGUGAUGUAGCCUCCCCAUUGUGGGGAGAUUCGAAUUUGCCAUGCCGGUUUUUUUUUUAUGAUGUAGUUGGUAGUGUCCCUUGGCUCAUCAUGCAUACUUUGCGAUGGUAUAUUAAUGAUUCCAAUGCUUCAUA